AUGGCAAGAAUCAGCGCCCAAUCGACCAACGAGACAAUCCGACUCGCGCAGUCAGCACUGGACGCAGGCGCUGAUUCCGGACUCCUGCUCCCGCCGAAUUAUUGGCCUAAGGCUGUGUCCACGGGUAUCAUCGCGGAGUUUUACCGUGAGGUUGCAGAUGCUACGUCUUUGCCAAUUGCCAUUUACAGCUUCCCCGCCGUCUGCAACGGCAUCCACAUGAGUUCCGACCUACUAGCCGACCUCGCCGUGCACCCUAACAUCGUCGGCGUGAAACUCACCUGCGGCAACGCGGGCAAAGUAACCCGUCUAACGAAUCGAUACUCGCACGACCACUUCGCCGUCUACGCCGGGUCCUCGGACUGGUUGAUCCCAUGCCUCAGCGGCGGGGGCAGCGGCUGCGUCACUGGGAUCGCCAAUGUAUUUCCUAAGACGGUAGCACAUCUGUACGGACUAUGGAAGAAUGGGGAGGAGCGUGAAGCGCGCAAACUACAGGGCGUUGUCGCGGAGGCCGAGAAAGCGUGUAAAGAAGGGAUCGCGUCGACGAAGUACGCCACGGCGUACUUUGUGGGAUCGAAGGCUGGGGUUGAGGAUGAGAGGGUGUUUUGGCCGAGGAGGCCGUAUCGGGCCGUUGGGGAGGAGAAGAAGAGAUGGGUUGUUGAGGCAAUGGGUCAUUUAGAGGUGGUUGAGGGGGAGUUGUAG